GUCAGCAACGUGUCGCUCCAGCAUCUGCUCAUUCAAAUUUCACAUCCCUUCGCGGCAUUGCAUUUCUCACACCCACUCCAAGUGCUGAAUCAAAAGAUGGACGCUACCUCCGCUAUCAACCAGCUCCGACAGGGCCAGAAGCCCGAGUUUCCCGCGAAUGCCGACACGCCUGAGUUUGCGCAGUCUCUCGACAGCAGCAACCAGAUCCUGAAGACUUUCCGAGACGAAUUCGUCGUCCCGACCAAGGCGCAGCUUGCGCGGAAACAGCUCAAGGACGAUGCUAAGACAUCCGCAGAAGCCAAGAGCGCCGAUGACGAGGGCAUCUACUUUUGCGGCAAUUCGCUCGGCCUCCAGCCCAAGGCUGUUGGCGAGCACCUGAACGCUUACUUGAAGACCUGGGGAUCCAUCGCCGUUGGCGGCCACUUCACAAACUUCGAGGACUCGCCAUUGCCCGCGUACCAGGAUCUCGCUGCACAAUGCUCACAGCAGAUGGCCGACAUUGUCGGUGCAUCGCCCUCAGAAAUCGUUGCUAUGAACACAUUAACAAUCAACCUUCAUUUGAUGAUGGCCGCAUUCUACAAGCCCACAGAGAAGAAGCACAAGAUCAUGUGUGAAUGGCGACCCUUCCCCAGCGACUGGUAUGCUAUCGAGUCGCAAAUCGAGUGGCAUGGUCUGGACCCUAAGAAAUCCAUGUUGACCGUCGAGCCGGACGAGGGCUACCUUAUGACCACCGAGCACAUUUGCAAGCUCAUCACCGAAAACGCCGACGAGAUCGCUCUGGUCAUGCUUCCCGGUAUCCAAUACUACUCCGGCCAGCUCCUCGAUAUCCCCACCAUCACAGCACACGCACACAAGCACGGUCUGACGAUCGGUUGGGAUCUUGCGCACGCCGCUGGAAACGUCGAACUGAAGCUGCACGAGUGGGACGUCGACUUCGCCUGCUGGUGCACCUACAAGUACAUGAACACGGGCGCGGGCUCCGUCGCCGCCGCCUUCGUGCACGAGAAGCACGGCAACAACGACCACAAUGUCGGCCUCAAGGGCUGGUACGGCCACGACAAGUCCUCCCGCUUCCUCAUGGACAACAAAUUCAAGCCCACCCCCGGCGCGCAAGGGUUCCAGUGCUCCAACCCCUCCAUCGUCGACCUGACGUGUCUGUCGGGAAGCCUGAGCGUCUUCAACAAAACCACCAUGGCGCAGCUCAGGUCAAAGUCCCUCCUGCUGACCGCUUACGCAGAGCACCUGCUCUCCGCCAUGGCAACACGGAACAUCAAAGACGGCGACUUCCCGUUCAAGAUCAUCUCGCCCACAGACCCGCGGUUCCGCGGCGCGCAGCUCAGUGUCCUGCUGCAGGAGGAUCUUAUGGAGGACGUCGCUGCGGCACUGGAGAAGAACAGCGUCAUCUGCGAUAAGAGGAAGCCGGGAAUCAUCCGCGUGGCCCCUGCGCCGCUUUACAACACCUUCGCGGACGUGCAGAAGUUCAUGGCUGUGUUUGAGAGUGCGCUGCAGCCCAAGACGGAGCAGAGCGAGGCGCAGGCCAGCAGCGUCAACGCGAAUGUCGAGGCACGGCUGUGAGGAAUCAUGAGUUAACGAGUCUUGCAUAGUUUAGCGUUCUGUAUUAUUGCAUUUGAUACCAUACUUUCUACUAUCCCGCU